AUGGAGGAGGAGUUGUCAAUGAUAGAGAAAAACAAAACUUGGAUCCUAAUGGAUAGGCCUCAAGACAGGAAGGUAAUUGGAGUCAAAUGGGUGUUUAAAACCAAACUUAAUGCUGAUGGCUCAAUCAACAAACACAAAGCUAGGCUGGUGGUUAAAGGGUAUGCCCAAAUAUUUGGUGUUGAUUAUUCUGACACUUUUGCUCCUGUUGCUAGAUUGGACACAAUCAGGUUACUCCUUGCAAUAGCUGCACAAAAGAGCUGGAAAGUGUUCCAGUUGGAUGUAAAAUCAGCCUUCCUAAAUGGUAUCUUACAGGAAGAAAUUUAUGUUGAGCAGCCCCAAGGAUUUGUGAAGGAAAGUGAGGGAGAUAAAGUCUAUCUUCUCAAGAAAGCUCUUUAUGGUCUAAAACAAGCUCCAAGAGCUUGGUAUAACAAAAUUGAUGAAUAUUUGCUGAAUUUUGGAUUUGAGAAAAGUCUAUCAGAAACAACCUUGUAUGUCAAGCACAAUGACACUGAUAUUCUUAUUGUUUCAUUGUAUGUUGAUGACCUACUAGUUACAGGAAACAAUAUAGAGCAUAUUCAAAACUUCAAAUAGGAGAUGAUGAAGGUGUUUGAAAUGACAGAUCUUGGAGUUAUGUCCUACUUCCUUGGCAUGGAGAUCAAGCAAGGGCAAGGUGAAAUUUUCAUAUGUCAGAAAAAGUAUGCAAAGGAAAUACUAAAGAAAUUUCAAAUGGAAAAAUGCAAGCCAAUAAGCACUCCAAUGAAUCAAAAGGAAAAGAUAUUUCAGAAGCUUGAUUGGUUGCUUGAUGUACCUCACGACAACAAGGCCUGAUAUUUUAAAUGUUGUAAGUAUUCUAUCUUGAUUCAUGCAUUGUGCAAGUGAAUUGCAUCUCAAGGCUGCCAAAAGAGCUACUGUUUUACUCUUGGAUCAAGUAUUUUCUCUUGGAGCUCAAAGAAGCAAGAAAUUGUGGCUCAAUCCACUACAGAAGCUGAGUUUAUUGCAACAACAACUACAAUCAAUCAAGCUUUAUGGUUAAGAAAGAUUUUAAUGGAUUUAAGUCUAGAGCAAAAAGAAAGUACCAAGAUCUUCGUUGACAACCAAGCUGCUAUUGCUAUUUCCCAUAAUCCUGUAUUUCAUGGGAAAACUAAGCAUUUCAACAUCAAGUUGUUUUUUUUAAGAGAAAUGCAGAAAAAUGAAUUUGUGACUUUGAUUUAUUGCAAGUCUGAAAAUCAACUUGCAUAUUUAUUUACAAAACCACUUUCAGAAUCACAUAGGGUGCUUGGGAGAGACUUUUGGAGGAUGUUUGGAGUGUUGGGAAACUCUUCCUCUCCUCAUUGGGUUUCCUCCUUCAUCCAUGGUGGUUUAAACCCUUUUGGGGUUGAAAAGGAAGAUGAGUUGGAGAUUGGAGGUGUUGAGGCGAAUGGGAGACACAAUUGGAGCAUGGAUCAGUUGCUAAGGGAGAAGAACAGUCCCUGGUCAAAGGGGCCAAGAAUGAUCAACCAGAAGCAAAGGGGCUGGUGCUGUUUGGGCCAAAUUAAGAAGAGUUAUUAUUGGUCAAAUGAGCUGGAAGGCUAA